CACGGCCACCUCCCCACUUACAACAAGAACCAAACAAGCCCAUCACUCCUCUCACACUACACUCCCCACAGCUCAGAUCCACAGCAACACACUGCCAAGCAGAGGAAUGGGCACGCUCUCCUCCUUCGCUGCUCUGGCGGCGCUCCUCGCCGUCCUGGCCGCCGACGCCGGCGCCGUGGAGUUCAACGUCACCGACGCCACCCCGGCCGACUACGGCGGCGCGGGUCUCAACAGCAGCGAGGCCGCCGUGUACUGGGGCCCAUGGACCCCGGCCAGGGCCACCUGGUACGGCCAGCCCAAUGGCGCCGGCCCCGACGACAACGGUGGCGCCUGCGGCUUCAAGCACACCAACCAGUACCCGUUCGCGUCCAUGACCUCCUGCGGCAACCAGCCAUUGUUCAAGGACGGCAAGGGAUGCGGCUCCUGCUACAAGAUCAGAUGCCGAAAGGACCAGUCCUGCUCCGGCAGGACGGAGACGGUGAUCAUCACCGACAUGAACUACUACCCCGUGGCGCCGUUCCACUUCGACCUCAGCGGCACGGCGUUCGGCAGGCUCGCCAAGCCCGGCCUCAACGACAAGCUCCGUCACUCCGGCAUCAUCGACAUCGAGUUCACCAGGGUGCCGUGUGAGUUCCCGGGGCUGAAGAUCGGGUUCCACGUGGAGGAGUACUCAAACCCGGUCUACUUCGCGGUGCUGGUGGAGUACGAGGACGGCGACGGCGACGUGGUGCAGGUGGACCUGAUGGAGUCCAAGACAGCCCACGGGCCGCUAACGGGCCAGUGGACGCGGAUGAGGGAGUCGUGGGGGUCCAUCUGGAGGCUGGACUCCAACCACCGCCUGCAGGCCCCGUUCUCCAUCCGCAUCACCAACGAGUCCGGCAAGAGGCUCAUCGCCCGGGAGGUUAUCCCGGCCAACUGGAGGCCCAACACCUUCUACCGAUCCUUCGUCCAGUACAGCUGAACCGGCCGGUCCCCACGGGCGCCAUCGCCGCUUCUACUGCUAAUAGGAGUACUAGUAAUAAUUACUACAGUACUAGUAUUACGCAGCUAGCAGCUGCUACAAGGUCUCGUCGGGGAGAGUCCGGCUGUCGCCAUUGCGUUUUGGUGUAAACUGUAUCGUUUGGGGGAGUGUGUGUGGUAUGGCCGUAUGGGGUGCGUCCUUUUAGGUGAGGCGUCGUCUCGAGGAAGAAAGUGUCCGUCCGGGAGUAUGGUUGGGGUCUGGGUCUCUAGGGCCGUGACGAGGGUUGGAGUCAUGAAAUAUUGCAGUAUUGGCAAGUGGGGGAGGCAAAGCUGUGUGGGAAAUGGAGGAGGCAGGCGUACAAGAUACGCUCUCCCGCCCACUGUCGCUUUAUAAUUUACCAUUCAAGGCGGUGAUUAAUGGAAAAGUAUAUUGUUAUUAUAUUAAA